GGCUUGUUUAUUCCUUUUUCUCGGCGACUGCCCCCAUCAGCGCGAACUUCUGCAAGUACUCUGGCUUCACGAAGGGGAAAUCGGCGGCCAGGCGCUCCUUGUGAAACUCCACACUAUGCGCCACUUCCCGAGAGAGGCGCGCGGUGCGCGCUUCGGAAGUCUCAGCCUCCGAGCUGCCCUUCCGCCCUGCGUGCUCCAUUCGUCCUGCCCAGGAGCGCUCGUUCGACGUAUUCGGCACGGCACAACCCUGGGAACCCGAAGCCACCUGCAGCUGGGCGUCGCGCGCGGCUCCGCUGCGGCGCUGCAACUGAGCUGCAAUGUGUUGUGAUUGAUUGAUGCCCUGAUGAUGGCCACGUCGACGCGGCGGCUUGUUGUGGGCAGCUAAAGCAGCCCCACCUGAAUCAUGAGAUGGAGGAAUGUGGCCGCCUGCCUCGCGGUAAGCCUCGACGCGCUCCGGCUCGAGAUCACGGUCGACGACACCACCGAGUUCCUAGACUUCGACCGCUGCUCGACCGAGCUGGAGCUGGUAGGCAUCGCGCACGCGUUCGUGCACCGCACGGACCGGACGUUGCUCGCGACUCACCCAGACGAUCGGGCCGCCUCGCAAGAAAUCGUAAACCACAUGACGCGGAUGCAGGCCGACGCCGCGGGCCCGCCGUGCGCUGCCGCGCCGCUGCCCGCUGGCGCGCUCCCGCCCGUCUGGACCUGGGCGGACGCCCACGCGCUCGCGGCCCAGGGCAAGCUCCGGCUCAAUUUCGGGGGAGGCGCUGCGAACGACUUCCACGCCUUCGACGACCGGUAUACAGGGUGGGUCGCCGUCGAGGGGCCUAACGACCCGGACGGCCACGACUACGGCUUCUGCUUGGAUGGGAAAGAGAGCUGCGGCAAGCCGUGGUGCCUCUGCCGGGACCUGACGCGGGAGCGCUUUCCGCUCGACGACGGGUCCGUCGCCUCCAUACUAACCGAGCACGCGCUCGAGCACAUCAAGUGGGAGUACUGGCCGCACAUUCUUCGCGAGUUCCAUCGAAUCUUGCGCGUGGGUGGCGUCGCGCGCGUUGCGCUCCCGGACUACCACGCACCGGGCGCCGUCCGCCGCGUAUUCUGGAACACAACGGUGGCCGCCGAGCACAGGAUCCUUGGGGGUCACCACGCGUUCACGUCAUUUGCUUCCGUGCGACCUUUUGUCGAGGCGUCGCCAUUUGAGGCCGUCUACUGGCUCCACUACUGGGACGGGAGUGCCCUGGAUGGACGACCGCCGUCGGAGGACGAGCCGCUGCCCUUCACGCGCAACCCGAUUGACUACGGCCUCGGGUUCGUGAAGCGGACGCCGGACCAUCCGACCAUGAACGAGGGCGUCACGUCCGUCGUCGUCGACCUCGUCAAGCUGGCCCGAUGACACGCGGGGGAUCUCAAGUCCAUAAAAUAAAGAUGUAUAGAUAUUCAAG